AUGGACGGGAUCGCAGGCGAGCUCUCGACGCAACACGGCGGCCUGCGGUCGACGCUCCUUUUCUUUAUGGCGGUCACCUGGUACAACGUGAUCGAGCUGGUGGUGCUGGUGCUGACGACUUUCCGACGGUGGCGGGGCUUGUACUUCUGGAGCUUGUUACUAUCGGGCUUGCUGGGGGUCGGUCCCUACACGGUGGGCUUUCUGCUGAAAUUUUUCACCGAGGUGUCGGCGCUGGCGACCGUGACCGUGCUGACGGUGGGGUGGUGGGCGAUGGUGACGGGCCAGUCGCUGGUGCUGUACUCGCGGCUGCACCUGGUGCUGCGCGAUGAGCGUGUGCUGCGCCGCGUGCUGGCCAUGAUCCUUGUGAAUGUGUUGCUGCUCAACGUCCCGACCACGGUGCUGACGUAUGGGGCCAACGUCGUGCGCGAGCCGUGCUGGCUGCGCGGCUACAACAUCAUGGAGAAGCUGCAGCUCACGGGCUUCACGCUGCAGGAGGUGGUCAUCUCGAUGCUGUACAUCUACGAGACGGUCAAGCUGCUGCGCAUAUGCGCCGCCCGCGAAAACCGCAAGAUCAUGCGCCAGCUGGUGAGCAUCAACGUCACUAUGCUCCUCAUGGAUUUGGUCUUGCUGUGUCUCCAGUAUGCCAAUUACUAUGCCGUGCAAAUCAGUCUCAAGGGCGCCGUGUAUAGCAUCAAGCUCAAGCUCGAGUUCGCCGUGCUCGGUCGCCUGGUCGCGGUCGUGCAUGGACGGUGUCCUCCCGCGCCCAUCGAUGGCGAUCUCCAGCUCAGUCAGUAUGCCCACGGCGGGCUGGAGGCUCAUGGUGGUAGCUCGGGGGGUGUCUGCGGGUGGGCGCGAUCGAACGCACCUUGCAUUGAACGAGAUGAAUGUCGCGAUGAAGUGGAAAACUCUGAAGCAUAG